AGAUUGUCAAAUAUUUCGACAGGAUAACAAUAACAAAAUAUUCAAUUAUUACGCGCCAGCUAACAAAUUAAUUUAAAUGCUUCAAUGACCUUGCAAAUUACAGUGAUUGAAUAAAUGAACAAUUGAACAUGGCUAAACAAUCUCUCGUGAAAAACAAGAGGAAACUAAUAACUCCUGUUUUUCAUUUACAAACCAAAGAUGAAGAGGAAAAAAUUCUAACAAACGCAAUGAUAAAAGCUAUAAGGAAAACUGGUAGUUUGAAUUUAUCUGGACGAAGCAUAACAUCAGUUCCUUCAAGGGUAUUCAAGAUAUAUGAGUUCACUGAUCAAGAUUAUGCGAACCAAGUUGAUUUCAGCAGGAAUUCUGACGAAAAUGAAGAUACCUGGUGGAAUUUCAAACCUUUGAAUUAUAUAGAUUUCAGUUCCAACCAGUUGCAGGAAAUACCAACUGAAAUUGAGAUGUUUGAAAGUUUGGAAACUUUUAUAUUGCAGGAUAAUAGUUUAUUGUCCUUACCAUCGACUUUAGGCAACUUAAAGAGAUUGAGAAAACUCAAUUUAUCCAGGAAUAAAUUGAAGGAAUUGCCAGAUGAAUUUUACAAUUUACUCGAACUUGAAUGGCUGUCUCUGGCUCAUAAUUCAUUGGAGAAGUUGGAUAAAAAAUUAUCGGAUUUUGUGUUGUUGAGACACUUGGACUUAUCUUACAAUUGUUUGCUAAAAUUGCCAGCUGGACUUGGCUUUUUGGUUCGACUAACUGAUUUAGAUCUAUCUAACAAUAAACUAAUACAACUACCCCCUGAUAUAGUGAACAUGAGAGGCUUGAAGAAAUUAGAUGUGACCUAUAAUGAACUGAAGGCAAUUCCAAAAAUCGGUGAUAUGAGAAGGCUAGAACUACUUUUUGCGCAGCACAAUAACAUUGAGGAAUUGCCUGAUGUUGAGGGUUCUGAAAGUAUACAAGAGAUGUAUUUUGGAAACAAUUAUAUCAAGAUUGUGCCUCCCGAAUUUUUCGAGAAUCUUCACCAUUUGAAAAUCUUGGAUCUUAGAGAUAAUCAGAUCGGAGAAAUACCAAAAAAUGUGGCCAUGUUGCAGAGCUUGAUUAGAUUAGAUCUAACUAACAACGAUCUCGACUCUCUUCCGAGUACUCUUUCUCUCCUACCACAUCUGCAAAAUUUGCAGCUAGAGGGUAACAAACUGAAAAAGAUCCGAAGUGAUGUCAUCAAGGCUGGAACUUUCCGAAUAAUAAAGCAUCUUCGCGAAAAUCUUAUAGCUGAAGAAGUCAAGGACAUGAAUAUAUCCGAAGGUUCAGUCUUUAUGCCUCCAUCCCAGUUUCCUGACAAGUUCGUCAUGAGGAAUGCGCACACCUUGAAUCUGUCAAUGAAAGAGCUGAAAUCCAUCCCUGACGAAGUGUUCCAGGAUGCUAAUUGGGCAGAGGUUUCAUGCAUGGAUUUGUGCAAAAAUAAACUGUCCGAAUUUCCAUUGGGACUAACCUACACCAAAGACCAUUUGAAGGAGCUCAAUAUGUCCAUAAACUUCAUAAAAGAGGUACCUCACUUUAUAGGUGAUUUCUCGCACCUUAUGUACUUGAAUUUGGCUAGUAACAAACUUACCGAUUUACCUCUUACGCUGAGUUCUCUGGUUUACAUGAGAGAACUUGUUCUGGCCAAUAACAGCUUUUUAGACUUGCCCUGGUGCGUUUACGAGUUGAAGGGAUUGGAAAUAUUGCUCGCCAACGACAAUAAACUAACAGCCAUAAAUGUUGAUGGUUUCAAGAAACUGACGAAUCUAGCUGUGCUAGAUUUGUCGAACAACAGUAUUAAUCAUGUGCCACCCGAAUUGGGACUUCUUAAACAGCUCAGAAGCUUAGAAAUUCAAGGUAACUUGUUUAGGCAGCCAAGAUACACUAUUUUAGAGCAGGGAACUGAAUCAAUUCUCUCUUACUUGAGGGAUAGGAUUCCCAGAAAUUGAGAAAUGUUUGUUGACAACUAUUAUGUUUUCCGUUAAUUUUUCUUCUAUUUGUUUUAUUAAUAUUGUUUCAAAGUCAAUAUUUUCAGUGUUUUUAUUACUAUUUUUGUUAUUUAAGCUGAUUUGAUCGCACAAAAUAUUGUCAGCUGUGAAACUAGUCAUGUAUUUUUCUCUUUUCAGUUUAAACAGUAAAUUGAUAUUUUUCUUAUGAUAUUAUA